CCUUCCACACUAUUACUACUACUGCGCCAAGUACUACAACCACUCACCACUCACCACAGUAACUUCGUACUUUUAACACACUGCGCACCCACUACACGCACUACACUAAGUCUAGUACUUCUCUCCGUUCUCUCCGUACUCGCCUCGCGCGCGCCCUUCAAUCCCACCCAGACGCCCACUCAGACGCCCACUCACCCAUAGUCAGAUUCCCCCCUUCCCACUCUCCCUCCCACUUCUCCCUUCUCCCAAUCCCCUCCCAAUCCCCAAUUCCCCAUACAGUAAUCUUCACCGCCCCCUCCCCCCAAAUCACUCACCUUAAUUCACCACACACACACACAAACUCACCCACUCACCCACUCACCCACUCCUACCACCCACCCACCACUCUUCCCAUCUUACGCGCGCAAGAGAAAACACAACUUCAAAUACAUACUAGACACCCUCAUCCUAUUGUAUACCCUCUCUAUCUUAUCUCAAAUCAAUUCAUCCUUCUCCAAUCAUUCUCUAUCGUUCGUUCCGAGUUGCCGCCCAUUUUCACGCUUCUGCCUGGACUUUUACCGCGUCGGCAGUCUUGUCGCGAAACGAGGCGAGGGCCUAUUGCGGGUAUUCGAAGCGCCGGCUUACGCUGGGGGCGCUGGGGCGGGAAAGAAGUCGACCAGUUCUUGGGUAACCACCUCGACCCUCGAUCGAACACACACACACACACUCGUUCACUCCCUUAAAACACAACAACAACCUCGUCGUCGUCAUACUUGACACCGCCAACGUCUCCAUUUAAUAAUUGUCCCCUAUUCCUUGUAUUGAAACUUUUCUGGAAAAGUUACAUACUACACCGCCAGGAAUAACCUCUCACUUCCCCCGGCCACCAAGCUUUGUUCCUUCCGUCGCAAGAAAGAGACGCCAGACGGCAUCGUUACGUCGUCAACCUGGGGCUGUGCAAAAUUCUUUCCUACAGCUAGCCGCACUCCAACAAAGAACCUCUCAACUCCCCCGAACAAACAUUCUAUUGUUCUCCACGCUGUCGCAGCUCCGAGACAGCGUACCUCCCGUUGCCAAGAUAGCGUCCCUCACGACGGUCUCCACGACGGCGAAGGAAAGGAGUCCCAGCUCGGUCCAGCUGGAGCUUGUGGCACUCGCUCGCGAGAGCCUACGAGAGACAGGACGCGUCUCGGGAGACCUCACAGACACCAUCACCGUGGAGAGGCCACCGCGCACCAAGCUGCCCGACCCGACGAGUCCGACUCCUCCGGCAGAUCCUGUCACCGCCGACAGCGACAGCAGGCGUCCAUCACCAGCCGACACCAUGACGGCCGUCGAAUCACAUACGGCGCCGAGCCCAUUCCUCGACACGCCCGCAGAUCCACCGACGUCGCGAUUCACUGCCGUCAACAACCGUGAGGCAUUGCCAUCCGCGGCGCCAACGAACAAUGGCAACGGCUCGUCGCGGAGAGCUUCCGAGGAUCGCCCUGAGCCACUGGCCCGCACCACUCCGCCAGUCCCCGAGAAGCUCACCAUCACUACGACAAAUACGCAGAGAGACAAUUGGGCCGACACGGUCAAUGGCGACAAGGCUGCCGGCAGCCAGAGCGUCCCUCCGCCGCCCACCUUCCCAGAUGGCGAAUCCUCACAUAAGCGCAAGCGGUCUGGCUCUGUGGAACGCGACAGCGCCCAGCCGUCCAGCUCCAGCUCAUAUCACAAGCACAGUCUGCCAGCACUGAAGCCGAACGAGCAGCAAAAGGGCUCGCCGAACAGCCCGUAUCCCGACUCUGCGCAAUCGAGCAAGAGAGAUGCGCAAUCGGCGACGCGUGAUCCAUAUGUCACACCCCAAACGCCGUAUCCGCACUACCCCGAGGAGAGCCGCGAGAACAGCGCCGCGUCGUGGUACUCGCAUCAGAUCGACAACCGCACCCCUGUGGACGGAGGGCACUCGGCCGUUUCGCAGCACCACAUGAGCCCUGAUGAUCAGCUUCGGGAAGCGCUGCAGCGCGAAAACAACAGCGAUGGCCAGGGUAAUUACAGCGAGACCAGCCCGGCGCAGAACGAUCGCGGUGCGCCUUACCGAGGCGAGUAUGGGCAGGUGCAGGUGGACCACAAGAAGCGGAAGCGCAAUUUUAGCAACAGGACAAAGACCGGCUGCAUGACCUGCCGCAAGCGCAAGAAGAAGUGCGACGAGACGAGACCUGAGUGUAACAAUUGUAUGCGUGGUGGGUUUAUCUGCAACGGCUACCCGAGUCGUGGCAAUUGGCCCAAGACGGAACAGAAGCAGGGACCCGUCCCUCUGCAGUCCAAGGACGGCUACGAUGCGAGCCCGAGCCAGUACCAACCGCCGCCGUACCAGCAGCAGCAGCAGCCUCAGCAACCCAAACGCGAGCCCUUACCAUCGUAUCGCGGCCAGCAAUUACGUGUUGAUCCCCUGCAACCGCCCGCUCGGCCAGUUGGCGCUGACGAAGACCGGAGCGCCUCAACCAACCUCAGCGCCUCAGUCGGGAGCCCCGACAAGAGGCUCUCCGCCAUCUCGUACACACAAGCCAAUACCUUCCCUACACCGGUAAGCGCAGUCAGCCAGAGCAAUUACCCCGAUCGUCUUUCUCAAAUGGAUUACCAGCGCAUGCCUCCUCUGCUAGACCAGAAUCGCAGCGAGCAUGACACUGGGACUCCGCAAUCGGCCCACUCGGUCCCGCACUUCAGCAUCCUCCACGCCUCGAAUACCAACAGCCCGCACCCUCACACGCCGCAAUCCACGGCCGCCCAGGACGCCGCGCGCCUCGCUCUCUCGCAUCCGGCCUCCAACUCGCGCCGCACGCAGAAGGAGGAGAUGCUCGCGGGCAACAACUUCUUCCCCUUUGACCGCGAGCUCGUCCUCGAGCGCGAGCGCUGCAACGCCGCCUCGUGGCGCUUCAACAACAGCACGAAUCCCAAUAACGGGAACCUCCCCGAGGACCGCUCGCGCUUGUUCCGCGACAUCCUGCAGCCCAAGGAGCUUGCUAGCAUGCCGCCGCACCUGGCCUCGCCGGUGAAUCCGCAGGGGUACGUGGGCGAGCGCUGCGUUGUCGCGGCGCCGUUUACGUGCGAUUACGGGUAUAACAUCACGAUUGGGCAGGACGUGAGUAUCGACCGCAACUGCACGAUCCUCGACUGCGCGUCUGUCAAGAUCGGGGACCGCUGUGUGAUCGGACCGAAUGUCAGUAUCCUCACCACGACGGUACCGAUUGAUCCGAAGAAGCGCCUCGGUAGCAAAGGGCCGAACCAGGGGAAGCCGAUUAUCAUUGAAGAGGACUGCUUUAUUGGGGCGAAUGCUACGAUUUUGCCGGGGAUUACGGUGAAGAGGGGGAGUACGGUUGGGGCGUGCUCGGUUGUUACGAGGGAUGUACCACCCUUCACGGUCGUCAGCGGUAACCCAGCGAGGGUCAUGAGAGGUAUCUUUCAGGUCCACGACUAAACCCGCUCCCCUCUUGUUUGACUCCGAGGUUCGCUAAGGAUACGAAAACGAAAACAUAUUUUAUAUACAUAAUACCACCACCACCCCCGUCCUUACGAAAGGCGGUAAUAUGCUCGCCCGCUCUUCCCGGCGUUAUGGCAACUGGCUGGUCCAAUUUCACGAUAGUCGCUCUAUUUUGCACCCCCUCUUUACUACCCGCUAUUCGUUUCUCGUAUGAGGACGAAUAAGAGACAGUGGGAUGGACGAAAGGGUAGCUUAUGAAAGGGAAGGGGGUGAGGGGAAGGGAGAAGGAAAAUGCAAGGAAAUGGGAAGGGGAAGAGGGAUGGAUGGAUGGAUGUGUUGGGAAAGGGAGCGGGAAUACUACCUGCUACCGUCCAACCCACCACCACCAUGGGAAGAGCGGAGAGAGAGAGAGAGAGAGAGGAAGAGAAGAAAGCUGGAAAGACCGUUGCUAUUUCCGUUUUUUUUUUUUUCAACUACUACCACAUUUUUUUUUCACCCUUGUUCGCUGUCAUAUUUCUGUGCUGAUUUUGCGUUUUUAUUGUCGUUAUGUGUGUGUGUGUGUGUGUGCUCAAACCUUUUAUUUUGUUUUUUAUGAUGGGAUGGGAAAUAUCAGGGAAGAAAUGGAAUGGAAUGGGAAGGGAAGGGAGGAAAAGGGAUAGGAACUGGGGAUGGGGAGAUGGGAAAGAAAGCACGACCGUAGGGGCUCGGGAAAUAUCACUUAUUUGCUAUACGUUUUUCGCCUCAUCAUUUGUUUUUGUUUUUUUUUGCAGCUACUACUUACUCCCUUUUGUUUUGGAUGGUUUUGGAGACCUAGCUGAGGGUGGGGCAGGGGGUUGCCGAUCUCGCGACAGAGAGGGGGGGAGUGAGAGGGGGAGUGAGAGGGGGAGUGAGAGAGAGGGAGAAGUCGGGGUUGGAUUUUUGCUA